AGAAGCAGCUUGUUGAUUUUCGGUGCCGCACGCGUUUCAGUCGAAAGUAAUUGAAAAUAUUUGUGCUUGCGCCCGGUUUAUAUAUUUUGUAGUUCUUAUAAAACACUAGUCAAACAAUACAAAACUUCGCGAGUGCACACUUACCUGCAGAGGCAGUACAAAUUUAAAGUAUUUGCUAAUAACGCCUGCCCACCGAAAUCAGCAAGAUGCCUCAGUCGGGUCGCGACGGGGCUGCGUCCAAGGACCCCAAAUACGACCUGAGCAAGAUCUCAACUCGCGUGGAUCGCGUCAAUGUCAGCGGUUUGCUGCGCACCCACAACGACUAUGUGAUGCGGGCGGCGGAUGGACUUUUCAAGACCAACAACUUCCAGGAUCUCAUGCUGGAGGCCAUGUCCACCAAGUCGUACCUGCACGAGCUGGGCAUCUUCAAGGAUGUGAGCGUGCACAUUGACAUUAGCCGUGGUGCGGAUGCCACGCCCCAGGGCUACGAGGUGACCUUCAAGGGCAACGAAAUGUCGCGCAUUAUGGGUUCGGCGGGCACUGAGAUUGGCCAGAACGAGGGCUCCUUGCGCACGGAGCUGACCAUCCCCAAUAUUCUGGGUCGUGGCGAAAGCAUCUCACUGCAGGGCAGUUAUAGCAGCACCAGGGCCAACGAUCUACAACUGAAGUUCUGGAAACCCUUCUUUCACACACGCUUCAGGGAGAAUCGUCCUGAAUUAUCUUUCAGCAUUUUUAGGCAAACGGAUAGAUUUGACAUAAGCUCAUUUCAAACCACCAACAUAGGCUAUAAUGUCGACUUUUCGGCACAUACCAUGGUUGGAGUGGAUUUGACCCACUCGCUGCAGUAUGAAAACUCCAUCAGGGAUGUGGGCCUACUCAAUAAAUCAGUGCCCUUCGCCAUACGCGACCAUUGUGGACCCAAGUUGGCCUCUUUGUUGCGCUACUCGGUGAUUUUUGACAAUCGGGAUGCCACCGUAUUUCCCACACGCGGUUUGCUGCUGAAAUCAGUUAACGAAUACUGCGGUUUGGGCGGCAAUAUCGCCUACACCAGCAGCACUGCCCACGGAGAAUUUAAUGUGCCACUGUUUGCCGGUUUGGUGGCACAGUUUUGCGGUCGCGUUGGCGUCGUUAAAGAGACCAAAAACACCACCCAGCUGCCAAUUAACUCGCUGUUCUACUGCGGUGGCCCCUUGACCCUAAGAGGAUUUAAAUUUGGAGGAGCUGGUCCCGUGAUUGAGGGCACACCCAUUGGCGCACAGACCUUCUGGUGCACAGGCGCUCAUCUCUUUGCACCGCUUCCCUUCGCCGGAGUCUUCAAGAACCUGGCCAGUCACUUUAGAAUGCAUUUCUUCUACAACAUUGGCAACAGCAAUAGUUUCAGCACAGAAAACAUGCGAAGUGCCUUUGGCAUGGGACUGGCGGUUAAGCUGGCCGAAAGAGCACGGAUUGAGCUAAACUAUUGUGUGCCAGUGCGACGUCAGACCACGGAUAAAAUACUGAAUGGUUUCCAAUUUGGCAUUGGCUAUGAAUUCGUCUAGAUGUCUGAUCCCCCGCAUCCUGUGACUAGAUUUAGUCCUAGCAAAAGCCAUGAGAGUCACAACAGCCCAGUAACAAACAAAAUCUAAUCCACAACAUAUGGCUGCCCUGUUCUUAGUUUCGAGCGUUUAGAGAUUCUGUUUCGUAUUCUUUGUCAAUGCAUUUUAUUUUCCUCCGAAAAUGUAUUCGUAGUCCAGCGAUCAUUUAAGUAGUUCCUAAGGCGUGUACAUACUUAAAACGAAAGGUUAAACAAAUAUACAAAAAUGUUAAACGAA